GAUAACUGAGGUCUGAGAAUGCAGGGUUUGUCUCCAACAAUACAAAUACAAUAAUUUUGCUGUAAAUUCAACAUCUUUAUCAUCCCCCAAUCCAUUCACAUAUAUGCCUUCAUUUCUCAUCGCUGACUCACCGCCGCCGCCUGAGCCUCAGGACCUGAGGUCAAAAUCCCUUCUUCUGGUCAAAAUCUGGUGCUUGCUGGUUCUGUUCGCCGUAACCCUUUUCGCCGGAGUCUCUCCAUACUUGAUGAAAUGGAGUGAUGGGUUCCUUCUUAUAGGCACUCAAUUAGCCGGUGGAGUAUUUCUUGGUACCGCUUUAAUGCAAUUCUUGAGCGAUUCCAACGAUGUGUUUCAGAAUUUGACUGAUAAACACUACCCAUUUGCUUUCUUGCUCGCCGCUCUUGGGUUUUCUUUCAGCAUGUUGGCUGAUUGCCUAAUUCUCCAUCUUUGUAGGAAGCACAGUAACUUCUCCCCCAACGCCGCCGACGCCACAACAUUGCAGGCCAGGAAGUCUAUUGCCAGCAGCAGCAGCAUCAUCGGCGCCGCAACAGCCUCGCAGACUCAGGUAGACAGCAACACCGACCGUGCCGGUGCAUUAGAUCUUUUGUUCUUAAAAGCCGUCUCAUUCUCCGACAGCGUAUUACUAAUAACAGCCCUAUGUUUCCACGCGGUGUUCGAAGGAAUCACUGUGGGUUUAGCCGACACAGAAAACAGAGCUUGGAGAGCCCUGUGGACUGUCGGCUUAAACAGAGUAUUUGCUUCCAUUGCCAUGUCUACGGCUCUCUUAAAAACCAAUAUUCCCGACUUCCCUCUUUCGUCAUGCGUCGCUUACGCCUUCUCGUUCGCGAUUUCCAGCCCCGUUGGAAUCGCAAUAGGGAUCGUGAUGGACGCAACAACAAGAGGGUUUGUUGCAGACUGGAUUUACGCAAUAGCUAUGGGUUUUGGAUGCGGGGUUUUCAUUUGGGUUUCGGUUAGUCAUUUGUUACUCAACGGUUUCAUGCCGCCGCAGAGAAGGAUCUCUGUCAACACGCCUCAUCACAAAUUCCUCGCAGUUAUUACCGGCGUCGGAAUUGUUUCCGUCGCUAUAAUAUGGGAUCAAUAUUGAAAAUGAAAAUGCUUUCAUUAUUAAUUAGAACGAAAUCUGAACGAUGUUAUUAUAUCAAUGAUAUAUGUAUCUUCUUAUUAAUUUG